AUUUACUUGUUUACUAUCAGUCUGGUGUUUCCUGCCAUCACCUGCACCAUGCUAUGAGGACUGACAGUGCUGUGCACGGGGCAUGUGCUUUUGAAUAAAAACAUAACCAUCAUGAAGGCUAAUUCUCAAAGUGAAUUAAGUGCCAUGUUCAGCCAGUCCACAUCUCAAAUCUCACACAAGAUAUGGCAUCUCCGAAGACUGUGCUGGAGUGGUGCCGCGUCACAUGCGCCAAUUACCCCAACGUGGAGAUAAAGAACAUGUCAACCUCCUUCAGGGAUGGACUUGCAUUUUGUGCCAUCAUCCACAAACACCGACCUGACCUGAUAGAUUUCAGCUCCUUGUCCAAAGAUAAUGUUUAUCAGAAUAACAAACUGGCAUUUGAUACUGCAGCGAGGGAGCUGGGCAUCCCACCGCUGCUGGACCCAAAGGACAUGGUGUCCACCAAGGUGCCUGAUUGCUUGAGCGUCAUCACCUACCUUUCCCAGUACUACUACUACUUCAACAGGAAGUCUUAUGGUGUACUAGCCGGUCUCGCCAGUUUGAAGUCAUCACAUGUCGCUUUUCUAAACAACCUCACAAAGACUAAAAGUCCGGAUAGUCUCAAACCCCUGAAGAGUCUGACUCAUCUGGAAACCAGUAGAGAAGAUCGUUUGUCCAACGCGAGGCCAAAGACAGUGUGUAGUUUGUGUUUUAGGCCUGUUCACCUGAUCCAGAGACAUCUGAUUGACGGGAAGGUCUACCAUCGCAGCUGUUUCAGGUGCAAAGUAUGCUGCAGCACUCUGCUACCAGGCUCUUACGCACAGGGAAGUGAUGCUGGCUCCUUGAUCUGCACUCACCACUUAACAGACAGUGAAAGUACCUGCGUUGACCUCAGCCAGCCAGUCAGAUCUGCCGAGAGUCGACCCAAACGUGAUUAUCAGUCAGGUUAUUUUUCUCUGGGUGGAUCGGCUAUUAGCAGCGUCCCUCAUUACACUAAGAAAACAGAGUCACAGGAUAGACUGGUUUGUAAAACAAUAGAGACAGAGGGGAAAGAAAGGCAAGAGAGGAUCAAAGAGGUGAAAGAGGAAGGAAACAGAGACUCACCUGUUGGAUCGAAGAAGCCAGCGCGUCCUCGUCUUCCUGGAAAAGCUGGAUCGGCACCCAUUCCGACAGACAGCAAGUCACAACAGGAAGGGGCAAAGACUCAAGAGACAUCUGAGCUCUCUUCACAGUGUGAACGAGCGACAGAAGGAAGGAGUCAGCCGGUUCCAACGCCCAGGCGACUGUUGGACUCUUCUGUAGCCCCUGUUCCUGCACCCAGGAACAAAACGACCCAGCCCAUGUACAGCUCCCGCUCUGCAGGUUGGCCACCCAGCCAAGAUAGAUGUUCACCCGUCUCAUCUCGUGUCACCAGCCCAACCAGGGAUAGCCCCAGGGUGCAAACCAACCAUCCUUGGUUAUCCAUCGUCCAUCCUGGACCCUGGACACAACUGCCUCCAAUUGAAUCCCCUCUACUCAUUCCUCGAUACAAAUCUAUUCCUAAGCAGCAAAGAUCAUGCCCUCGACCCAGAGUUCGUCCUCCCAAUCCAUUUGCAGAGGUGGUGAAUGAGGAGGCUCUGGAGAAGGUCACUGAACCUGAACCUGAACCUGCAGCUGUCAGUGAAGGGAUUGGGGAAACAGUUGCUGUACUUUGUGCUGGAUAUGCUGCCAUUGAAUGUACACCUGAAGAGACUGUUGGAGCUUCAAGUGAACCAGCUAAAGAAACUUGUGUUGUAUCAGAUUUGGAUAAAACUGAAAACAAAGCAGGUUCACUCCCAGAUGUGACAGACGCAGCAGCAGCAGGGCUGUGUGCCACUGUAGAUACAGAAGCAGCGGCAGGGCUGCAUGCCACUUUAGGUACAGAGGAGGCAGCAGGGCUGUGUGCCACUUUAGGUACAGAGGAGGCAGCAGGGCUGUGUGCCACUGUAUAUACAGAGGAAGUAGCAGCAGGGCUGUGUGCCAUUUCAGAUAGAGAAGAAGCAGCAGCAAUUCUGUGUGCCACUGUAGAUACAGAAGAAGCAGCAGCAGCAGCAGCAGGGCCAUGUGCCACUUCAGGUACAGAAGAAGCAGCAGCAAUUCUGUGUGCCACUGUAGAUACAGAAGAAGCAGCAGCAGCAGGGCUGUGUGCCAUUUCAGAUGGAGAAGAAGCAGCAACAGGGCUAUGUGCCACUGUAGAUACAGAAGAGGCAGCAGGGCUGUGUGCCACUUCAGGUACAGAAGAAGCAGCAGCAAUUCUGUGUGCCACUGUAGAUACAGAAGAAGAAGCAGCAGCAGCGGGGCUGUGUGCAACUUUAGUCACAGAAGAAGCAGCAGCAGCAGGGCUGUGUGCCAUUUCAGAUACAGAGAGAGAGCCACAGAGCCACAUUUUACCCAGGAGUGUUUCUGUGCCUGCUAUCACAUCUGCUCCCUUGACGGAGGCAAAUGAAUAUGGUCAGGUCACUUCAUCUCUAAGUAAGCUGGCCUGCAGAGAGAAUCCCUUUGAUCGGAAACCUGCGAUGCUCAAAUCAAAGAGCUGUCAGGUCCUCCCAUCGACACGGGGCCCUGCCCCCGGACAUGGCUUCCCACUCAUCAAGAGGAAGGUGCAGACAGACCAGAAUGUGUCCACAGAAGACCUGCAGGUGGAGAUCAGAGAGCUGGAUAAACAUCUGAAGGCACUGGAACAAAGGGGAGUCGAACUGGAGGGGAAUCUAAGAGACAGCAAGAAUGGUAAAGAGGAGGAACAGAUGCUGAUGGAGUGGUUCUCUCUCAUCCAUGAGAAACAUGUUAUGAUGCGCAAAGAAACAGAGCUGGUUUACCUGAAAAAGCAGCAGCAGUUAGAGGAGAGACAGGCGGAUGUGGAGUAUGAGCUCAGAUGUCUCUUCAAUAAACCAGAGACUGACUGGAGUCAGGAGGAUCGAGUUCAGGAGCAGCAGCUGAUGGAUGAGCUGGUCGCCGUCAUCGAACAGAGGAACGAGAUCGUCAGCAGCUUGGAUCAGGACAGGCAGAGGGAAAGAGAGGAAGAUGAUCUUAUGGAGGCUAUGAUGAAAAACAAAGAGUUCCAGAAAGAGGGACUAAAAGAGCUAAAGAAGUCAAAAGGAAAGUUCAAGGCCACAAAAAUGUUUAAGCUGCUGAACCAGAGAGCAGAGAGCACCAAAGACUCUGUGGACCAGAAGAGCUGAAGCACUGUCAAGACUGCCGAAACACAUACUUUGAAAUGAUGAAGAUGAUAGAAGCAAAAAAGUGGAAUAUGAUCACAACAUGUAAUAGUUUCUAAAUGUUAUGUUGAAGAGCUGUAUAGAAAAAAGGAAAUAUCAUUCUCAGUGCAAAUGUUUUAUUGUUUUCUCUUCCAUGUUUCUUUACUUUCCCUAUCUCCUACAUAUCAAUAUUUAUGCUCUUAUUUUAUUCCAUUAUAUACUUUUAUCAGUGAAAGUAUGCAAUAUUGUAUUUGGAAGUUUUUGUCUUGUUUGUGUCAAAGAAUUGUAUAUUUUAUGAUUAAACAGGUCUCAUCUCAAA